AUGUUUGAAAACAUAGCUACCAUUAAAUCUCAUAACAGUGAGCAAUUUUAUCAAAACAAAUUCCUUGCAAAGGGGCAGGAUAUAGUUUCAUCUCAGAUACAUAUUUCCUUACUUAACUCGUUACUCUGGCCCACGUUUAUUCUUGUAAAUGGAGUAUCUCUUGCUCUUACGCUCUAUCUGGGAUUUAGGGCCUAUGCUUCUGGGGCUGCAAGUAUUGGUGAUAUAUUUGCUGCUAUUAACUAUCUUGCGCAAGUUGAAAUGCCCUUUUUGGGGCUAGGUUUUGCAUUUGAUAUCCAGCAGAAGGGUUUCUCCAAUAUACGAAGAAUUAAGCAAGGUCUUAGCAUUAAUACUUCUGCAGACUCCCACACAUAUAAGACAUUACAGAAAACAUUGACUGGAGCACUCGCAGUACAAAAACUUCAGUACAGUUUCCACGAAUUGUAUACAGAUACAACAACAAGUCUUUCUCCCACACUACAGGAGCAAAGCACAGCAGAAAAGAAGAAGGAAGAAGAAAGCGAGGGCGCUACUCAUUUUACCCUUGGUCCUAUUACGCUUUCUAUGCCAGCGGGCACUUGGCUAGGCGUCACUGGGAGUAUUGGGUCCGGCAAGAGCACAUUAAGCAAACUUCUUGCGAAAAUAUACGAGCAAAAAGAUGCAGACGCUAUACUUUGGGAUGACAUUUCCAUAGAAAAACUAGAUACAGAAUACUUUAGAACACAGUGGGAUACUCAAAUUGGAGAGGCUGGCAUCUUGCUUUCUGGUGGACAAAAACAGAGGGUAACUCUUGCCCGCACAUUGCUUGCCAAUACCCCUAUACUUAUUUUAGAUGAUAUUUUCUCUGGCCUCGAUAACAGAACCUCUAAACUGGUACUGCAAAGCCUUCUUAUAAGCUCUGCUACAAUGUUUGGGUAUUCCUUGCUUAAUACUUUGCUUGUAGAAAAAAUUCUCCUCACCCUACGCCAGAGGGUGGUCCAGCAUGCUUUCUCUCAUUCUAUGGAUUUCUUUAGCAAUGAACCCAUAGGAAAACUUAUAACACUUACUACAAGGGAUCUUGAUUCCAUAGGAAACUUCUUUAGAAAUGUUAUUUCCCAGAUACUGGGGAGUGUGAUUUCUUUCUUUGUGGUUCUUGUGAUGCUGUAUAUACUCAGUUGGGAGCUCGCCCUUGUAACACUAAGCAUUGUGCCUAUCGCUGCUUUUUUUGUAAACUACUAUCGCAAAAAGGUCCUUGUGCUUUCAAGGGAUGUAAGGGAGAAUACUGGAAAAAUAAACACGUACCUUUCAGAGCACCUUCAGGGAAAACUAGACAUUCAGCUGCAUGGCAAACUUGAACAGAGUUUUUCAUCAUUUAAUGCUGUUGCAAACGCUAUCUAUCGUAGUAAAUAUAGACUGAAUGAAAAACAUAAAUUACUACGUCCCUUUCUCAAUCUUCUCCUUAUUGUUAUAACAGUAUCAGUAUUGAUAACAGGUACCGUACUCUCUUACAAUGGACUUAUUACUAUUGGCAUUAUUAUUGGAUACAUACAGCUUAUCAAUCGUUUUUUCUACCCCCUUAUUACCAUUGCACAGCAUAUUACUCAACUACAAGAGUCUGUGGUUGGUUUUGAUAAGAUAUUUUCUUUUCUUCACACAAAAUCUAGCAUACGCUCACCAAAAGAAACAAGCGAUAUAGUCUCUGCUAUAUCUAAAAGCAAGAAUUGCACGCUAGCAUUUCACGAUGUAUCCUUUGCGUACAAAAAUAAAGACUAUGUUCUGCAUAAUAUUUCCUUUGAACUUACACCUAACAGCACUAUUGCACUCGUGGGUCAUAGUGGAUCUGGCAAAUCAACCAUCGUAAAACUCUGCAUGCGUUUUUGGGAUCCUAGCAAGGGAAGUAUUACCUUAAACGGAAAAGACAUACGUACACUGCCGCUCGCGUUACUGAGAAAGCAUAUUGGCUUUCUUCAUCAGGACAAUCUUAUUUUUCAGGGAAGCAUACGAGAAAACAUAGAAAUUGGGCGUAAGAUAGACAGUAAAAAACUAGAAAGGGUGGCACAAGAAAGCAAUCUUGAUGUAAUUAUGAGUCGUUCUCAGUGGAAUUGGGACAGUAAAAUAGAAAAAAACACACUCUCUAUUGGAGAGCAAAGAAUAAUAGCCAUAUGUAGGGUGCUUGUCGAUGCUCCGCAAUUUCUUCUACUUGAUGAAUUUAGCGCCACCUUAGACAACGCAACAGAAUCUAUUAUACAAACACUACUCCAUACAUUGCAAAAAGAAAGAGGCACCAUACUUAUAGCCCAUAAAUUAAAUACAAUACAGAAUGCGGACGAGAUUCUCUUCCUUCAAUCAGGCAAGAUUAUUGAAAGAGGCACACACACAGCUCUCCUAGCAAAGAAAAAGCAUUACUACCAUAUGCUACAAAAUCUACAUGAGACAAUAGGUGCAAAAACAGAUGUAGCGUUGCAUACGUAG